AUGAAUGGGGUUAAAUACAAGUAUGAGGGUAAUACAGACACCAAAUGGAGGCGAUCAGGUAACAGGUCAAGAGAUCGUGUGAGCGGCAGGAAGUCAACCGAGUGUCCCCUUUGCCACAAGCGAAACGGCAGCCAGGAUGACCGGCCUCUCAACUACUCUGUGUACAUGCUACUCGAAGAGGAUGAAGACGUGGAUGAGUGUUAUGGAGCCCAAGCUAUGCCUGCAAGAAAGAGCUACUUUGAGUACGGACAGGAAUGCUAUGGCCUGUAUGAGGACCUGACCGAGGAUGACUAUGGCCACCCCUAUGGCGAUCAUGACCUGGAAGGGACUGGGAAAUGGAAGGAGAGCAAGAAGAAACGCUGGCAGGAGGAGCGAGAAAUGGAAGAUAUAGAAACCGCCAUCGCCCUGUCAUUGUCGAUGCAGGACAUGCAGGAACCCGAGCACGAUGAGAGAAGAGGUCGGGAGGGAAUGAGGAGGGAGAGAGAAGAAGGGACAGGGGAAGAAACAUGGGAGAGGGAAGGAGGAAGGAAGAAACGGAGGGAACGAUGGAUUGAGGUAUUUGAUUAUGUCUUCCAAAAACUUAACAACAUGUCUUUUGUGGAGCUGCAGGAAGACUGUCUUCUCUUGCUUUAA